CAGCAGGCUGGGGAAGGGGAGGGGGGAGUGGGUGUGUGGGAUGGGGGCUAUGCCUCCAACCUGAUCGAGUCCAUUUGCCAAUCCACCGGGUGCAUCACUUCCGGAUCAGUCCUCAGUUUCUGCUGCAGAGGAGACCACACAAGCCAUGGCUGAGAGGAAGCAGUCUGGCCGGCAGGGUGAGGAAGAAGAAGUGCCAGCCUUCUUCAAAAACCUGGGCUCGGGCAGUCCCAAGCCCCGGCAGAAAUUCUGUGGCAUGUUCUGCCCGGUGGAAGGCUCCCUGGAGAACAAGACCAUCGACUUCGACUCCCUCUCGGUGGGCCGCGGAUCUAACAAAGUCGUGGCAAAGCAGAAGGAUGUUGCCCACCUGGGUCCGGAUGCUCCGUCCGUCUAUUCCAGGCAGAGCGGGAAGGGAGGGGAACCAUCUGUUGAUUUCGGGAGAAAGGUGGAGAUCAGGACUGCCACUGGGAAGGAGGCGCUGCAGAACCUGAAUGACAAGAGUGAUCGUCUUUUGAUCAAAGGUGGUAAAAUCGUUAAUGACGACCAGUCGUUCUAUGCAGACAUUUACAUGGAAGAUGGGUUGAUAAAGCAAAUCGGAGAGAACCUGAUUGUGCCGGGGGGAGUGAAAACUAUUGAAGCCCAUGGCAGGAUGGUGAUUCCUGGAGGGAUUGAUGUUCACACCCGCUUUCAGAUGCCAGAACAGGGGAUGACGUCUGCUGAUGACUUCUUCCAGGGAACCAAGGCUGCACUGGCUGGGGGCACCACCAUGAUCAUUGAUCACGUGGUUCCUGAGCCAGGGACCAGUUUGCUGACUGCAUUCGACCAGUGGCGAGAAUGGGCAGACAGCAAGUCCUGCUGCGACUACUCCCUGCACGUGGAUAUCACCGAGUGGCACAAAGGUGUCCAGGAGGAGAUGGAAGCUCUGGUUAAAGAUCAUGGUGUGAACUCCUUUUUGGUUUACAUGGCUUUCAAAGAUCGCUUUCAGCUAACUGAUUCUCAGAUAUAUGAGGUCCUGAGUGUAAUCCGGGAUAUUGGUGCGACAGCUCAAGUGCAUGCUGAGAAUGGUGACAUCAUUGCUGAGGAGCAGCAAAGGAUCCUGGAACUGGGGAUUACAGGGCCUGAAGGGCAUGUGUUAAGCAGACCUGAAGAGGUGGAGGCAGAGGCUGUGAACCGGGCAAUAACCAUCGCCAACCAAACCAACUGCCCCCUUUAUAUCACCAAGGUGAUGAGCAAAAGUGCCGCUGAUGUCAUUGCUCAAGCCAGGAAAAAGGGCACUGUGGUGUAUGGAGAGCCCAUCACAGCCAGCUUGGGUACCGAUGGAUCUCAUUACUGGAGCAAGAAUUGGGCUAAGGCAGCAGCUUUUGUUACUUCCCCACCACUGAGUCCUGACCCAACUACUCCUGAUUUUCUCAACUCGCUACUGUCCUGUGGAGACCUCCAAGUUACUGGCAGUGCCCACUGCACCUUCAACACUGCUCAGAAAGCUGUUGGGAAGGACAACUUCACCCUGAUCCCUGAAGGAACCAAUGGGACUGAAGAGAGGAUGUCCAUCAUCUGGGAUAAGGCGGUGGUGACUGGCAAGAUGGACGAGAACCAGUUUGUCGCUGUGACCAGCACAAAUGCAGCUAAAGUCUUCAACCUGUACCCGCGGAAGGGCCGUAUUGCAGUGGGCUCGGAUGCUGAUCUGGUUAUCUGGGAUCCUGACAGCGUCAAGACAAUCUCUGCCAAGACUCAUAACAUAUCUGUGGAGUACAACAUCUUUGAAGGCAUGGAGUGCCGCGGCUCUCCCCUGGUGGUUAUCAGCCAGGGGAAGAUCGUACUGGAGGAUGGGAAUCUCCACGUCACCGAGGGAUCGGGACGGUAUAUCCCCAGGAAACCGUUCCCUGACUUCGUUUACAAGCGCAUCAAAGCCAGGAGCAGGCUGGCUGAGCUGCGGGGUGUGCCUCGAGGCCUCUACGAUGGACCUGUCUGUGAAGUGUCAGUGACGCCGAAGACCGUCACGCCAGCAUCUUCAGCUAAGACGUCUCCUGCCAAACAGCAGGCCCCACCCGUGAGGAACCUGCACCAGUCUGGAUUCAGCUUGUCUGGGGCACAGAUCGACGACAACAUCCCGCGCCGCACGACUCAGCGCAUCGUGGCACCGCCCGGCGGACGCGCCAACAUCACCAGCUUGGGCUAAGGACCGAGCCCUUCCCAGCCCUCCCUGCGGACCAGGGGACGGGGGCACCUGGAGACCCUUUUGGAUUCUUUUAGAGCCUGUGACGGUUACUGUGGGCAACCAGUGGGGGGGGGGGCUGAAGUAAGGCGCCUCUUUCAGUCCCCUCAGAUUCCCUCCUCAUCUUCACCAACCCCUCUCACUUCUCCCAUCAGCCCCUACACAUUUAAAGAAAUAAACCCUGUUUUGACACCUCUGACAUGCAAAAGUAAAUGUAAAGAGGAUGUUUGAGAUAUGUGGCCUCUGUCCCAUUCAGCAUCUUUCUUUUAAUAAAGGAAGGACAAAGUGAAUUUCCCGGGAGCUGCCUUUAAGACACACACAAAAAAAGGAAUAAACAAAUAAUAAAUGUAAAAAA